AUUUAACUGUUGAUUAAAUUUUUAGUGCUAGAAAUUUGGAUCACUCGUGGUAGAAAUUUUUACUACUGUCAUAAUUUUUUGUUUAUUUCUUAAUUGUAAAAUUUUUAGCUCAAGGAACUUUGAUUUUUGUUAGAUAAAAUAAAUAAAUAAAUAAUUUGCACCAUUGGUGAAAAUUUGAAAUUCAAAUUGUAAACAUUUGUAUCAUGAGUAGUCAAAAUUUUUAUCAUUGUCAGUACAAAUUUUUAUUACUGGUACAAGAACUGUUUAAAUAAUUAACAGCACUUUUUGGAUCACGAACCAAAAUUGUUCUUCCAUUUUCAAUGAAAAUUCUCUGAUCAUCAGUAAAAUCAAAAUAAUUUCCUAGAAUUUUUGCAUUAAUGAUUCAAUUUUCGGAUCGUGAUUAACAACAAUCAGCGAUUAUUCAGCACCUUUGGAGCAAAUUUUGGUCCUUUAGUGCGUAACAUCUGCUUUAUUGCUCCACAACAUUUGCAUUCUGGGCACAAUUUUAUUGAUCCAUUGGUGCAAAAUUCUGGAGCUUUGAUCCACUUUUAAGCUGAUUACUGUUAAUACUUUAGAAUCUAUUAUCCUACCACUUGAUCAUCACAAAUUAUUACACAAUUGUUUGUAUCAAUAUCGAAUCAAUUUUUACAAUCAAUAUCAUCAAAAGGAAAAAUCUUUUUGAUGAUAUUGAUGAUUUUGAUGAUCAGUUUACACAUUUAAUGCAAAAUACAAAUUUUCCGUUAAUCUUCUAUAAAAAUUUUUCUAUCACUGGUCAAAUUUUUGCCACUUUAUCAUUGAUCCAAAUUUUGAUAUCAUUUUUCUCAAAAUUUCACAUUAUUGGUCCCAGUUUUCUCUCUAUAUUUACAUACACGGAGAAAAGGAUUGUUAUUUUGUUCCAAAAAUUUUGUCCUUCAAGUAAUUUUUUUAUCCCAACAAUUUUGUUCUCCUAACAAUUUUGUUAUCCGAACUGUUUUGUUGUCUUCACUAUUUUAUUGUUUCAACAAUUUUUUUUUGUACCAACAAUUUUGUUGCCCGAACUAUUUUGUUAUCUUAACUAUUUUAUUGUUCCAAUAAUUUUUUUGUCCUAACAAUUUUGUUUCCUGAAUUAUUUUGUUAGCUUAAAUAUUUUCUUCUUUCAAUAAUUUUGUUAUCACAACUGUUUUGUUCUCUAAAAAAACUUGGUUGUUCCAAAACUUUUGCUCUCCCAAAAAUUUUCUUAAGAGAAUAAAUAUUUUAGGGCAAAAAAAUUUGUUAGGAGAACAUUCUUGAUAUCAAAAAAACUGUUCAAACACUAAAAAAUUUUUGCAACAACAAAAAGAAAUUCGUUAGAUCAAUAUUAUCAAUUCUUUUCUCCCUGCAUGUUCUUUCUUUUCUCCCAACUAUCGCCUGAUUGAUCAUGUUCGAAUUGCACUAAACAGAGCAAAAACGAAAAAAAAACAGGAAAAUAUUUGUAUACCUCUUGAAAUUGGGAAAUAGUUGGUACCACCAUUCAUUUGAGCAAAGAUAUUGAAGUGAACGAAUCAUUUUUCAUUUUAUCAGAAGUUAUAUAGAGGAGAUUAAAGUUGAACAUACGGAUCCAACUAUUUUUGCCAUAUAUGUAUAUACAAAUAUACACAAAAAUAUAAAGAGAUCAAUUUAUUAUUUUCGUAUACAUAUAUAUAAAACGUAUAUAUUUAUCAAACGAAACGAAUUCCUUGAAAGGAUGAAGAAUAAUAGAAAAUCUUACUUUGUAGAUUUGGGAAUUGGAGAUCAGGUUGUACCAUACACCGACUACGUUCUCCGGGAAAUCCCCCACGCGAAUCACCGGAAAUACGAUCGUCGGUCAGGUUACAAACGUCGGCGAUUUUAAUUUCACUUUAUAUAUAUAUACACAUAUAUAGAUAUAAAAAUAUAUUUAUAGUCCAAUAAUUCUUUUACCCUUUUUUUUACAUUCUCAUUUUUAAAUAUAAAUAAAUUCGAAAUAUUUUUCUCUGAUAAAUAUUAUGCGAAAAAAGAAGCUCGACGUUUGCAACUUGGACUCGUACGGACCCAUAUCACCCUUUCAAGUCUAGUAUCUUACUAUUAAUUAAUUAUUAUUAUUAUUAUUAAUUAUUAUUAUUAUUAUUAUUAUUAUUAUUAAUUAUUACUAGAGUAUUAUUAUUAUUAUUAUGAAAAUUAUAAAUUCAUUUUAAGAGAGAUACAGAGGAAAAAUAAAUGAUGCUUUUGUCAGUAAAACCAAAUCACGGCACUAGAUUUCAUUUGAUCAUAACCCUAUCCCAAAAUCGUUGAAGAAAAAGAAUAAUAAUGAAGAAAAGUGGAAAAAAAAUAAGGAAUGAAAAAAAUUCGGUCGUCUCGCGUUUUUUAUUGCUCGUCGACGAAUAAAUAAGCACUUGUCAAGAAAUAUGAGAAUUUUUUUUUGGGCUACAACGAAGUCUCCUCGCUUGACCCUUGCUCUUGUCACUGCUGUUUCUCAUCGAUGAUGAUGAUGAUGAUACGACAACUUCUUGGACUCGCAGCUCCCGUCGCAGAAUGAAGACAUCAUCAAUCACAUCGGAUGUGGGGACCUUUGACUAUUUAUGCACAAAACUUUUCCGAGAUCCUUUGCCAAAAAACGUUUAGACACAUGUAGUGUGUGUGUUGACGAUCACUCUCGAAGGAGAUCAAAUGGAAGACGAGUGAGAAACGUGGGUGGCAUUUUUCGAGUACAUCAUCAUCAUCAUCAUCAUCAAAAACGAAGGCCAAAGAGGAAAAAGGACCUGACGAGCGAAACAUGCGUCGACACUUUGGAAACUGGUUACAGGCAAAAAGCCCUACUCGAAGAGGACACAAACUAUACCAAUGGGGUGUCAGAUUUACCAAAGCCGUACAAUACCGCUUAAAGGAAAAAAAUGCUCCCAAAAAAAACAAAAAACAAAAAAUCACACAACAAAAAAUUUAGAAAAAAAAUAUGCAUACAUUCGCCUUCUAAAAUUAAAGGCUGUGCGAUAAUUCUAAGUAUUUUCAAUUCCAUUUUCUAUUUUCAAUUACUUUACUACCAAAAAAAAAGGAAAAAAUAAAAAAAAAUAUUAGCAUUUCAAUUAUUAGUAUUAUUAUAUAAAUAAAGACUCAUAACUAUCCCUAUACAACCUCCGAGGAGAAAAAAUCUCCCCCCAGGAAAAAAUUGUGAAUAAAAAAUAUAUAUGUGGAUAGAAUAUAUCGAUAUAAUAGAAUACUGCUAAGAAAAAAAAAUAAAAUAAUAAAUAUAAAAAAAAAGAAAUAAAAAUGUUACUGUUUGAUAUAUAUUUCCUUAAGGUUUUCAGAGAGCGUUGCCAUUCUUGUAAAGAAUUUCAUCACAAGCUCUUCUCUGGGUUGUUAAACGUAUAUAUGUAAAAAAAAACCAAAAAAAAAAAAAUCUUCAAAUCAGGAGAAUUAAUUUUUUUUUCGUCAAACGAAUAUUUCUUUUCCUGUUCUUAAAAUAUAAAAAAAAAUCAAUAAUUUCGUGUUACUAUGUUUGUGAAAAUAUUUUCUUUGAAAUUUUCUUGACUGUCAUAUAAUUAUGUAUAAUUAAUUAGUAAUUACACAAAUUUCAUUUCACACUUGUGUUUAUAAGGAAAAAAAAAAUUUUUUUUUCUCAACUUUUGUCACGUAUGAGAGAAAGUUUUGUCGUUGUCAAAUUUUAACACACGCAUAUAUAUAUAUUUAUUGUACGUAUAUGUCAAUUUCUAUUGUGGAAAAAAAGCCUUCCGACACUGUAAUGUCAUGGUUUUAAUAAACAAGA